CAUUUGCAUUUUCCACGAAGAAGACGCGUCGGCGUGAUUCAUUCCCAGGCUUCAUCAUCCUGCGCGCCUCCGGUGCUGACGGACUGGACCGGGUUUUAACCGAACAUGCGGCGGCUCGGUUCUGUUCAGCAGAAGAUACCGUGCGUUUUUCUGACAGAUGUGAGGGAGGAGCCGUCCAGGAAACGGUACUGUGAGUCGUUCCAGAUUGUUGCCACAGAAACCGUGAACCCUCUGGCUCUAGAGGCCAACAUCCACAGCGCUGUGGCCACAGAGAAAGUGGACGGAACCUGCUGCUACGUGACUCUGUAUCAGGGUGAGCCUUACCUCUGGGCCAGACUUGACAGGAAACCCACCAAGCAGGCAGAGAAGAGGUUCAAGAGGCAUCGACGCUCCCAGCAGAGCUGCGAAGAAUUCUCAUGGAACGUGGAGGAAGAUUUCAAAUCGGUGCCUGAGGCGUGGAUUCCAGCUCACAGAGUCAAACGUCACGACGGCCACCCGGUGCCCGACGAGCACGGACACACUCCAGGCUGGGUUCCAGUGGAGAAGAGCAACAAGCAGUACUGCUGGCACGCCUCGGCGGUGGAUUAUGAAGCCAGGGCAGCUCUUGUUCUCCGACCCAGCGCUGGCGAUGAAAACAUGUUAGAAAUCACAGCGGUCCCACUGGACGACCUCCAGGAGCAAACGCUGGAGCUCAUCGGAACCAACGUCAAUGCAAACCCUUACAAACUGGGGAGUAAGAAGCAGCCCGUUCACUGCUUGGUGCCUCAUGGCAGCAUUGUGCUCAGAAAACCUCCAGCUGUUGACUUCCAGCAGCUGCUGUGCUGGUUCCAGGAGGCCCUGGAGGGCCAGGUCGAGGGCAUCGUGUGGCACUGCGGUGACGGCACCCUCAUUAAGGUUCAUCGCCAUCACCUGGGGCUGAAGUGGCCAGAUGGGGACCCCCGUCUCUCUAACAGACCGGUGGUCGUUCGUGUGGAGGGGCACAGUCGCCACAGCGGCUGCUUGUUUGCUUUGUUUUCCACACUUAACGGACGCGGCUUCAGCCGGCUUCAAGACGUGCAGUUUGAUCUUCCCGAGUCUUAGACUCAAGCAGAGAGGAGCUGUGUGCUUAACCUGAAGCCAUGUGCGUUUAAUAUUUGCUGUUUGGGAAGAAAACUGGUUAAGGAGCAACGCUGGAAAAUGAACCUGUGAACUGUCAACAGGACAUCAAAUGCUCUGUAAAUACUGUAAAUUAAAUUAUAAAGAUCACACUUUGUAGUUUUCCAAUGA